AUGGCUCAUUACCUGCCCUUGUGGGUUUUUUUGGGUUUUUGUCUGAUUACUUUUGCACGGUCUAAAGACAGUGGAAACCCAUGGAAUAGUAGGAAGAAACAAGAUUUAGUAACCCAGUUGCCCGGGCAACCUAAAGUGGGGUUUAAUCACUAUUCAGGUUAUGUGACUGUGAAUGAAGAAAAUGGAAGAGCUCUCUUCUAUUGGUUCUUUGAGGCUGCUACUCUCAAAGAGAAAAGGCCUUUGGUCCUAUGGCUUAAUGGAGGUCCAGGGUGUUCAUCUGUGGGUUAUGGAGCAACACAAGAGAUUGGACCUUUCAUCAUAAAUGCAGAUGGAAAGACUCUUUCUUUCAAUGAGUACUCAUGGAACAGAGAAGCCAAUAUAUUAUUUUUGGAGUCUCCCGUAGGAGUGGGAUUUUCCUACUCUAAUAUAACAUCUGAUUACAAGAUAUUAGGAGAUAACAUUACUGCUGAAGAUACAUACAUGUUCCUCCAAAACUGGUUUGGAAUUUACCCCCAGUAUAGAGCACAUGAGUUCUACAUUGCAGGAGAAAGCUAUGCAGGGAAAUAUGUGCCUGAGCUUGCAGAACUCAUACAUGAUCAAAAUAAAAUCUCCCCCAAGAGUCUUUAUAUAAAUCUCAAAGGUUUUAUGGUGGGCAACCCCGAAACACAUGAUGCUAAUGAUUGGCGAGGUCAAAUGGAUUAUGCGUGGAGCCAUGCUGUUGUAUCAGAUGAAACCCACAUGGCCAUUGUAGAGAACUGUGAUUUUGAUUCUAACAAUACAUUGGACAACAAAAACUGCAGUGAUGCUAUAGAUGAAGUUUAUGAUCAACUCAACAAUAUAGACAUGUAUAGUCUCUACACUCCUACAUGCAUUCACAAGAACACAACAAAAAAUGCAAGAAGCGGGGGAAACCAGUUCAAAUUUUCGACUAACAAGAUGAUGAAAAGGAUGGUUGGUGGAUAUGAUCCUUGUCUUGAUGACUAUGCCGCAGUGUAUUACAACAGAUAUGAUGUUCAGGAAGCUCUUCAUGUCAUCAAUGGCUCACACCUUAGAAAUUGGAAUAUUUGCAACUAUGAUAUCUUCAAUGGGUGGACAGACUCGAGAGCAUCUGUAUUGCCUGCAUAUCUUAAACUUAUGGAUGCAGGUCUCCGUAUAUGGGUUUACAGUGGAGACACAGAUGGACGGGUCCCAAUGCUAUCAACAAGAUAUAGUCUAAAUGCUCUGCAAGUUCCCAAAAGUACUUGGCGGCCAUGGUAUUAUCAGGGACAGGUAGGUGGGUGGACUCAAAAUUACGGGAAGUUGACAUUCUCCACGUUUAGAGGUGCCGGCCAUGCAGUACCACUUUUUAACAGAGGCAAAGCUUUGUUUUUCUUCACCUCAUUUCUUUCAGGGAAAGUUCUGCCGAAGCAAUGACAAAAUGACAGGCCUUUAGAUUAAUAUUUUUGGUUUCCCUCAACGAAGACAUUUACCGUAUGGAAUAGAAGUAUAGGUAUAACAGGCGGGAAUGUUACAUUUUAACC